GGCUCAACCCUCGCCCAGCCCCCCACACGCCAAACCGGCCUGCCUCGGCUCAACAAGGUGGGGGGUGUCGGAGCGCGGCUGUUGCUGAAGCCCCUGUUCUCGCUCGCUGGCAUUUUUGUACCACCCGUCGCCCAGGAAAGAGCAGCCACCGGGCGGGUUUCCCUCGCGUCUUUUUGAGGGGGGGAUGUUGACACCGACGCACACCGGCUGAAGAAGGUGGUUUUCCGUAGCAUUUCGUGACACAGCCCUUAGCCGGAGGUAGCUAAGCACAAAGGCGUUCAUCCAGCCGCCAGCCGAGGUUAGCUAACGGGAGCUAGCUUGCUAACAACACAGCCGGUGAGGACGUCCCCUGCGCAGCCGUACCGCGGGUUAAUCUCCGCCGACUCGCGCUCGCGGUGUUUUGGGCGAUAUCCGUGUUAGCAUUCAGCCCGUCGCCACUCAUGAGCGGGACACCGGGAGCUGCGUGUGUGCGUAGCGGGCUCGGCUGCGUGUUUUUCCCAGCUAGCGACGACGGAGCUUCGGUCCAGCACCAUCCAGGGACGGCGGCGGUAGCAGGAACGCGCUAACGCUGCUUCCAGUGCGAACGAGCCCGUGGACGAAGCGAGGCGACGCGGUAAGCCCAACUAGGAGGGGGAUCCUCGGUUCCGUGUGUACAGGGUUAGUCGUUCCCGGAGGUGGAUGCCGCUGACAGCACUCGGGACGCGGCGGGGCUGACGCUGCGGGACAUCGCUGACCGAUCGAAGGGGAUUAAUUUCGCGUCUCUAUAAGUGGAUUUCGGCCUCUUCCUCUUCAGGGGAGAACACCGUGAUUUGACAUUGAGUGAGCCCCAACAACCCACCCGCUGUCCCCGCGACCUUCCCACCCCCCCAUCCGAUGCGGAGAUCUCAGUAGCACCGGCGACCCAAUCCCCCCCCCCACACGGCGGCCGGACAUGCUGAAGUGUAUCCCCCUGUGGCGCUGCAACCGCCACGUCGAGUCGGUGGACAAGCGGCACUGCAACUUGCAGACGGUCCCCGAUGAGGUGUUCCGCUACAGCCGCAGCUUGGAAGAGCUCCUGCUCGAUGCCAACCAGCUCAAGGAGCUACCAAAGCCUUUCUUCAGACUACUGAACCUACGGAAGCUUGGCCUGAGUGACAAUGAGAUCCAGAGGCUACCACCUGAGGUGGCCAACUUCAUGCAGCUGGUGGAACUGGACAUCUCCAGAAACGAAAUUCCUGAGAUCCCCGAGAGCAUAAAGUUUUGCAGGGCCUUAGAGAUCGCAGACUUCAGUGGAAAUCCCCUCUCCAGAUUGCCAGAUGGUUUCACUCAACUCCGAGCGCUGGCUCACUUGGCACUCAACGAUGUGUCAUUGCAGGCGCUGCCCAACGACAUUGGAAACCUGGCCAACCUGGUGACGUUGGAGCUCAGGGAGAACCUGCUGAAGUCUCUGCCCUCGUCACUCUCAUUCCUGGUGAAACUGGAACAACUGGACCUGGGCAGCAAUGAACUGGAAGUUUUGCCGGACACCCUCGGUGCCCUCCCCAACCUGAGGGAGCUGUGGCUGGACCGUAACCAGUUGUCCUCAUUACCACCAGAGCUGGGGAACCUCCGGAGACUGGUGUGUCUGGAUGUGUCAGAGAAUCGUCUGGAGGAGCUUCCCUCGGAGAUCAACGGCCUCGUGGCUCUCACUGACCUGCUGCUCACACAGAACCUGCUGGAGGGCGUCCCAGACAGCAUAGGUUGUUUGAAGCAGCUGUCUAUACUGAAGGUGGACCAGAACAGACUGACCCACCUGACCGACUCAAUAGGGGAGUGUGAAAACCUCACAGAACUGGUUUUGACGGAGAACCUUUUACAAUCACUUCCUCGCUCUCUGGGCAAACUGAAGAAGCUGACCAACCUGAAUGUAGACCGCAACCGUUUGGGCAGUGUGCCCAAAGAGCUGGGCGGUUGUGCCAGCCUCAACGUUCUCUCCUUGAGAGACAACCGCCUUGGCAAACUGCCUGCUGAGCUGGCAGAUGCUACUGAGCUGCAUGUGCUGGAUGUGGCUGGAAACAGAUUACAAAACUUGCCUUUUGCCCUGACAAACCUCAAUCUGAAGGCCAUGUGGCUCGCAGAGAACCAGUCGCAGCCGAUGCUCAAGUUCCAGACAGAGGAUGAUGAGCUAACAGGAGAGAAGGUGUUGACCUGCUAUCUACUGCCCCAGCAGCCUUCCCCAAGCCUAGAAAACUUGCUACAGAACAGUGUGGAUGACAGCUGGACAGACAGCAACCUGAACCGAGUGUCGGUCAUUCAGUUCCAGGAAGAGACCAAGGCUGGGGAUGAGGAUGAUGAGGCUGCAGCAGAGCGCAGAGGUCUUCAGCGCAGAGCCACACCGCACCCCAGUGAGCUGAAGGUGAUGAAGAAGGUGAUUGAGGAGAGGAGGAAUGAGGCUUACACAACCAGAUUUGAUGGAGAAGAAGAGUCCUCUGACCCACAGGAGAAACGGCUCAGCGACCUCUCCAAUCAAAGUCACGACUCCCAGGUAUCCAACAGCACAAUAUCGGCCACCUCCCACGAGGAGAGACAGAACACGACCGCCGUCUCGCGGAGGGAGGAUCUUGUGGAUGGCCAUUCCCCUCAGGAGGAGGACGAGCUGGAUGAGAUGGAGGUGGAGUACAUUGAGCCCACUGUGCACUUUGCAGAAGAGCCCAUCAUCCGCGGGGGGGAUGAGGACGACGAUGAGGACGGGGAAGACGGUGAGAGGAGCGAGGAAGAAGAGAGGCCGGCCAUUCCCGCAGAGAAGCAGCGUCUGAUCAGAAAGGACACGCCACAUUACAAGAAGCACUUCAAGAUCACCAAGUUGCCCAAGCCCGAGGCGGUGGCCGCUCUGCUGCAGGGCUACACUGCUGACGUACUCAACUCUCAGAAACAGGCGGCUGAGGAUGAGGAGGAUGAGCAGAGUAUUGGUACCCCUCAGCAGCCUCCCAGAGUGGAUGAGCUGGAGGACAGCCGGCAACAGGUCAACUCCAGUCAAGUGAAGACCAACCAGAACAUGUAUCGGCAGAGCUGGAAUGUGAGAUCUAACGAGCCUUGUUUGUGUCAUAUGGGGGUGUCAUUUGAUCAAGUCAAUAAUCUGCUGAUUGAACCUGCUCGAAUUGAGGAGGAAGAGCACACCCUGAGCAUCCAGCGACAAACAGGCGGUCUGGGCAUCAGCAUUGCCGGAGGGAAAGGAUCCACGCCUUACAAAGGAGAUGACGAGGGAAUCUUUAUCUCCAGAGUAUCUGAGGAGGGUCCUGCAGCCAGAGCGGGGGUCAAAGUGGGAGACAAACUCUUAGAGGUGAAUGGAGUCGACCUCAAUGAGGCAGAACAUCACACAGCGGUGGAAGCUCUCCGCAGCUCCGGUGCUUCAGUGUCCAUGUCAGUGCUCCGGGAGCAUAUGGUGGAGCCAGAGAACGCCAUCACCACCACGCCACUGAGGCCGGAGGACGACUACUUCCCACGGGAGAGACGCAGCAGCGGCAUCGCCUUCAACAUGGAGCCCAGCCUCAGCGGGCCCAUGCAGCGGCUGUCCACCUCCCUGUUCCGCAACGACAAGGGGCUGGGAUUCAGCAUCGCAGGGGGGAAAGGCUCCACGGCGUACCGCACAGGAGACACGGGAAUCUACAUCUCUCGCAUUGCAGAGGGCGGAGCGGCACACAGAGACAGCACGCUGCGUGUCGGAGACCGGGUGAUCUCUAUCAAUGGUGUAGACAUGACAGAGGCCAGGCAUGACCAGGCAGUAGCGCUUCUUACCGGCACCUCCCCCACAAUCGCUCUCCUGGUGGAGCGAGACCCGAACGCACCAGGGGGCUCUCCAGGUCAAUCCCGGGCACGUGCCCACUCCCCUCCACCCCCAGAACCCUCCGAUUCUCCGGACCAGGAGGAGGAGGGCCUCUCGAUUCACGGGAACCACCUGACUCGGAUGGAGGACGAGUACCCAAUCGAGGAAGUAAUCCUGGUGAAAUCAGGUGGCCCCCUUGGCUUGAGCAUUGUGGGAGGCAGUGAUCACGCCAGUCAUCCGUUCGGCAUCAACGAGCCUGGGGUGUUCAUCUCAAAGGUGAUUCCUCAGGGCCUGGCAUGUCAAAGCGGACUUCGCGUCGGAGACCGAAUAUUAGAGGUGAACGCCAUCGACCUGCGUCAUGCCACUCACCAGGAGGCCGUGCGAGCCCUGCUGGCCAACAAGCAGGAGAUCCGUAUGCUGGUGCGGAGGGAUCCUUCACCGCCUGGGAUGGAGGAAAUUGUCAUCCAGAAGCAGCCGGGGGAGAAGCUCGGCAUCAGUAUUCGUGGAGGGGCCAAGGGUCACGCUGGAAACCCCUUUGACCCCACGGAUGAGGGAAUCUUCAUCUCAAAGGUGAGCUCCAGUGGAGCAGCAGCAAGAGACGCCCGACUGCUGGUUGGCAUGCGGAUCCUGGAGGUGAACAACCACAGCCUGCUGGGGAUGACGCACACGGAGGCAGUGCGGGUGCUUCGUGCGGUGGGAGACUCUCUGUUCAUGCUGGUGUGUGACGGGUUCGACCCAAACAAAGUCACAGCUGUGGAGGCAUCUCCUGGCAUCAUUGCAAACCCGUUUGCAACAGGCAUUGUGCGCAAGAACAGUAUGGAAAGCAUCUCUUCUAUAGACCGAGAUCUGAGCCCAGAGGAAAUGGAGAUCAUGCAGAAGGAGUCUGAGAUGGUGAGAGAGACGUCACAGUGGGAGCGAGAAGAGAUGGAGAAAGUGGAGCGAAUGCGCUUGGAUCGUGAGGAGGCAACUCGCCUGCUAGAAGAGGAGACUGAGAGCAUCGGCACUGGACCUUUAAAACUUGACUACAAAACCCUGGCUGCACUUCCCACCACCAGUCUGCAGAAGGUCAACAGGUUCUCUACCUCUUCCACUGUGACUGCUCCCAUGGAGGCCCCCCUGCAGGCCCAGUACGGAGCCCCUUUAGAGCCCCUGGGCUUCAGCUUAGUUCACCCCACAAACCCCCUCAGCCACAUGGAUCCCGAGUCCUGCCCUGGUCUAAACGCGGAGCAUGAUUUUCUCAAUGGAUCCCAGUUCGCCCCGAAUGGGAGUUCCAGUGCUGACAGCGCCUGCUCGUCAACAACCAUAAACUCAGCAACAUUUGCCCCUGAAGAAGAGGAGAACCUGGUGGACUCUCAGUCUAUCUGCUUCAAGGAGAACCCUUUCCUGGUGGCCAAUCGCAGGGGAAAAGGUCGCCCCCCCGGCCAGCAGGUCCUGUCGGGGCCUCCUGUCGGCUACGGGAAACCCGGCCAACUGCAGCCGUGGUUGUUCAGCAAGGCCCCUUCCUCUGAUUUCACCAGGACAGACAGCCCCAUCAGGGAAACACCCUACUCCCCCACCAUCCAGCCGCCCAGCCACCACUCUUCCAACAGCUCCCUGGCAGGCAGGGAGACCCGCUUCGCAAACAUUCAUUGCACCUCCACUCCCACUGCCAAGGACACCAGCCCAUCAUCAACGCGACCAGGUGCCAUCCAGCCAGUCGGCCGCGUGUGGCCGAGUACCUCCCCCGCCACUCCGGAAGGCCACAGUCCCAACCCCUUUCAGCAUGGCCCCUCCCCCUUCAACUCCCAGACCUCUCCUCGCGCCCCCUCCCCCACCUCGCCCGACGAGUUCCCCAUGAAUGUCAAGCAGGCAUACAAGGCGUUUGCCGCCGUGCCUCGCUCACUGGCAGUGCUGGAGCCGCCGCAGGAGCUGUAUGGUGUGAGGAACAAUUUUCAUCCGAAGCAACCUUCUCCAGAGCCUGAGUUGAACAACGAGGUGUUUGAUGAUGACAUAGAUGGUCAGGAGGGAGCUGGGAAGGGUGUGACCGGCCAGGUCUCCCCCCGGCAGGAAUAUAUGAGCCUGGCAGCAGUGCCACGUCUCUCCAGGCCUUCAGUGGACCUGCAGAGUCCUUCUCCGGGGGGUACGGGCAGCCCAGAGCAGCGAUCUUUCAGGGACAGACAGAAGUAUUUCGAGAUCGACGUGAAGCAGCAGACUCCUGAAAAACCCAAACCUCGAGUCUCUCUUGUUGGAGAGGAUGACCUCAAGAACAUGAGGGAGGAAGAAGCGAAGAAGUUUGAUCAGCGGGCGCAGGAGUACCUCCUGGACGAAGAUGAGGAGGAUGAGGAGGAGGACUUGGCCAAGCAGGUGGCUCAGAUGAAGGCCAGUGGCAAAGUGUUGCUGGACGGCGUGGAGUAUAAAGUGGAGCCAGUGUCCAGCCCUUCUCAGCACUGUGCCACACCUCCAAGCUACAACCUCACACCACCGAGCUACUGUGGCAGCUCAGGACCCUCCUCUGUUGACGGUAAAGGAGACUCUCAGAGGAAUUCAAUGGAGGACAGCUUCAGGCUGGAUCAGAGGCCCAACUCCAUGACGGGUCUGAUCCCAGCGUAUCAAGGGGAGUCGGCGGCUCCCAUCCGCACGGCCAAGGCAGAGCGCCGACAUCAGGAGAGGCUUCGUAUGCAGAGCCCCGAGCUGGCGGUCGCCCUCGACAAGGACCUGUCCCCGGCCGAGAAACGAGCUCUGGAGGCUGAGAAAAGAGCCAUGUGGAGAGCAGCACGGCCCUGUGGUCUAGAGGAGGAUGUUAGGCAGUAUGAGCAGGACCUGGCUAAGAGGCUCUACCAGGCCCGGGUGAGGGCGUCUCAGGGCACGGCUGAGGCCCCCCAGCCCCCCACCUCUUCCUCUACCUCCUCCUCUGCAGCCUCCCAGCUCAGGAUGAAGUCCCUGGAGCAGGAUGCGCUGAAGGCUCAGAUGGUCAUUGCAAAGUCUCGCGAUGGGAAGAAACGUGGGACGUUAGACCAGCUGACGGAGUCGCCGUCGCCUGCUCCCACACCCUCUCCUACACCUAUGGAAGAGCUCAGUCCUUGUGGAGUCACUUCACCGGGCAGACUGUCCCUGUCGUCAAAGAAGUUUGACUACCGACAGUUUGCCGCCAUUCCUUCUUCCAAACCCGUAUACGACAUCCAGUCUCCUGACCCAGUCGACGACCUGCAGUUUAUUGACGACGGCUCCAACAGCCCAGGACCCACUGCCAACCCCGAGGCAGAGGUCGCCCCCCCGCCGCCCGCCACCUCAGCCCUGGAGGAGAUGGCCUUGUACAGCAACAAGCGCAAACUGAGGCAGGGUCGCCGCAGCCUGGAAACCGCCGUGCCCACGUAACCCCUCACACACCGAGAGAAGGAACCCCGAACACACACACAUUCGCAUACGCUGUGGAACACUGGCAAAAAAAAACACGAGGGUGCCGAGUCACUCAACACUACACGGUGUCAGUAGAGCGAGAUUUACUCUCACACAUAUAUAUAACCACUGCAGAGACUACAGAGCUUGAUAGUUGCCACACAUACACACACACUCACUUAUAUCCUGCGUGCCAGUCUUGCCUUUACAGUCUGGGCGAGUCGGCAAGUUGCUCAACGGGCGAGAGAGAGCCUGUGUGGUUAGCUAGGAUCGCUACUUACAGACAUUCUGUUUUUAUUUUUAUCCACGCUCUGCCUAGUAGAUCUAUUUUAACAAGAGGUGACCGAAAUAUUUAGUUUUGUUUUAUAUUUGUCUCGCUCCAAUGAUUUAAGAAAAAGCAAAACAACAACAAAAAAAAAAACAUACUGGAAGAGAAAAGAAAUGGGUCAUAUCUGUACUAAUGAUAUUUUUAGGAUUUCAGUGACUAGAUUGUAAAACGUCAGGGGGGGGGGGUUUCUUGUGACAGGGGCGGACAGGAGUGUACAUAUUAACUGAGGGAACAUCCUGCUACCUUCACGCUCACUAGCUUUUAAAAAAACACACAUAUUGUUUUUGCACUGACACUGAUCAGCUUUUUAAGAACAUAUCUUUACUAAUUUAUUGUUUUACUCAAAUUGAAGGCCUUUUAUUUUACACUGUUUUAACACAUCCAGUCCGUUUGGGUUCGAGAGGAUAUCGAGGUUCAUCACAAUCCCAGAUUAUACAUUUCUCAUUAAGGAAUUGCUCAUUACUUUAUCAUUAAAUCUACUUUAUUAACCUGACCAGGGGCGUUUUGAUUUGAUCAUAUCUACAGCUUUACAUGGCUUGGAUGGAAUCAGCAUCAGAAAGUGAAAUGUUAUCACAGAUUUUCAAAAUAAAGCAUCUGUUUAGUUGUUUAUUCUGUGUUUGCAUUCCCCCUGUAAAGAGUAUGACCACCUGCUGGAGGCUUCAGCAGUUACAGCCACUCGGAAUAUUGAAUAUCAACAUUUGGGAACAUGCAUCAUUUGCUAUUUAACGGUACUGACCCUGCCUUACCCUUACCCCUAUUUUUUUAAAUAUUGAAUCAAUGUGAAUCAUUAAUUUCUAUCCUUUGUUUUAUCAAGUGACGUGAAGGUAGCAGGUGUUUUUUUUUCUGUCUAUGGAUAAUUUAAAUCUGAUGCCACUGAGAAAAAAAAAAAAGUCAUUUAUUGUUGUGUGAAUAAUGUACAAAUACUGAAAGAAGAAAAAAGCAAACUUUGGGUUGGACACGGAGCCGGUUUGGAGCCGGACCAAUCGAGUGCGUGGGUUUGGACGGGCUCGGCGUCGGGACGCUCUCUGCGUGUAUAUUGAUCUGUUGGUGGGGGAGCUGCGAGAGGCGGAGCCCAGGAGAAGUCCCUCUCGACAUGUCGAUGACAUUCAGCUCGCCGCUUGACGUUCUGUCGGUUUAGGAAUCUGACGGGUAUUUUUGCAGAAUCACAGCAUCGUAGCAUUUGUGUUAAUUUAAUGUAGGGUCUUCUAAUUCUAGCUUUCCAUGUUGCUCACUGACUGAAAUUCAGUUUGUUUGAUAACAUUUUCAAUGGCUGAUCUCUUUUUUUUUUAAAUCUUACAGUAGAUCUUUUUUUUUCCCCGGUGGGUUUCACUACAUUAUUAAUGCAGUGUUUCAAGUUUGUGUUCAUUCUUUUGUCUUGAGUUCUGUUUGGGGGCUUUUACUUGCAAAUAGGUUGGAGGGAUUGGGUCAGAAGUCCCGGGGUCGAGGGUUAGAGCUCAUACAAGACUGUAACUAGUGAAUUUGUACAACCAAAGAAGUCUAUUUUGUCGUUCAGGAAUAAUAAAUUUUACUUUUCAUUUAAGAAGCUGA